AUGCACAAAAUGUUACGUGCCAUUUUUCUAGUCUUCAUAAUUUUCGCUAAUCUACAAUGCAGUUCUGGUAUCGAAUUCGAUCCACAUAAGGCUAUGGAGCUGCUCGGCGAGCUGAUCGCUCACCCGAUAGAGGUUAUGGAGCAGCUGGAAAAAUACAAAACCAGCGAUCUAAUCGCUGCCCUCGGUAUUCACUCAAAUGCGAAUUAUUCAAUUUCUCAAGAAUGUCACGAAGAGCUUUCAUUUUUGGGUUACGGUGUAAUCGAUGCGGCACGAUAUGCCCGGCAUCACAGUACGGCGGCGGUCCCAGCAUCAAUGACCGAUCAGGAACGGAAGGAUUACCUUAUUCCCAUGAUGGACGCUGCCGGUAAACUGGGAUCCGGCAUCGUUAGAGGCCAUAUUCUAAGCACCGGCGCUUUUUCGGAAUGCAAAUCCAUUCAGAUGUUCUCCUCGAGUUUAAAUCGAACUGUCCAGGGAGAUUAUUACAGAAUCUUAUUCGAUAUGAAAAUGCGCCCCAACUCGUUCAAUAGCUCGUGUAACCUCCCGCAAAUUGGAGUAGAUCUCUGCUUACCCUGGUCUUGUCGAAAUGAGGAUCUUACGGGGUAUUUUAGAGAAGCCCUGGGGCCCAGUAAAGCCUUGUCUCCAGUGUGCAGUGUACGGAAUGUUAAUCAGAGAGUUCCAGUAAUUUCGUUGGGAACAUGGAUAGUUUUACUCAUUUUAUCAUUGAUUGUGGGUCUCUGCAUUUUAUCAGGAUUUUCCGAUAUUUUUCAAAAAUUCCAAUUGAACGACAAAACGAGGAAGGAGGAGGGUUUUGGUUGGAAGUUAUUCAGCGCAUUCUCAUUUCAUCGAAAUUUGAAGGAGAUUUUCAACACGAAGAAUUGUCAUAAGGAAGGCCAAGUAACUUCGCUCAAUUGCAUUCGGGUCAUUUCAACAUUUUGGGUAAUCUUCGGACAUUGCUCAGAGAUCACUUUCAUGGUUAUCACAAACCCCAUAGAUCUAUACGACUUCACCAAGGAUACCUAUACGGGAACCCUAAUCUCAAAUGCUUACUUCUCGGUGGACACCUUCUUCUUCAUUUCGGCCUUCUUGCUCUCAUUUCUCUGGUUCAAACAACUAGAGAAACAGUGGAACGCGCUACUUUCUCCAGGUGGAUGGCUGAUGUUUUACGUGCACCGAAUUGCUCGUCUGAGCCCGGUGUACUAUGUCACAAUCUUGUUCUUCACAUUUGUGUUCACAAGAUCCAUGGUUGAUAUGCCAGCGUUCAUGACUCCGGCUGUGGUAGAUGACACGUGUCAGAAUAGCUAUUGGGUCAAUCUUUUAUAUAUUCAGAAUAUUGUUGGCCCCAAAGAUAUCUGCUACUUCAUAUCUUGGUACCUUGCCACCGACCUCCAGAUCUACAUCAUGAGUCCCUUGAUUCUUCUAAGCUUUGGACUAGGUGGCGCAGUGGUCGGACUCCUGAUUUCAACUGCGGCCUUCUUGGCGUCAACGGCGUUCAAUGCGUAUCAAAUGAUUUUUUGGCAUUUCCCGCCGUCAGACUACAACUAUGGACCCAAGGAUCCGUUGUAUGACCCGAGUAAAAGGCGGUAUGCAGCGUGGAACUACCAUAACCCGCUGAUCCGGUGUCAGAUUUAUAUAAUGGGGAUGGUACUGGGAUAUUUCAUGCGGCGAAUUCCAAAAAUCAACAUAAACCCUUGGGUCGAUCGAAUAAUGUGGUGCUUAUCCUUAGGAUCCAUGAUUUUCGUUAUUGUAAUUAUGGAAGACUAUACAUCUGGCCACCUCUGGUCCCCACUCCAAACGGCUUUGUACAGCUGCUUCAGCCGAGUUGUCUGGGGACUCGCGUUGUCCUGGAUUGUGAUCUCCACCUAUUACCGCAAGGGAUUAAUCAAUAAAUUCAUGAGCCUCCCGGUGUGGACACCACUGGCUCGGCUAUCAUUUUGUGCUUACCUAGUUCAUCUGAUGGUCGCUGCCUACUUUUUCGGACGAAAUCAUUCGGAACUUUAUUUUUCGACUCUACCGUACUUUGUAUUAGUAAUUGCAAUUCCUGUCAUCUCGUGCUCAUUCCUUGUCGCAAUAUUUUGGUCGACAAUGUUCGAACUUCCGUUUGCCAAGGUUGAAGCAUUGCUUCUUGGUGGUGGAAGUCGAUCAUCGGCACCGGAUAUCCCAAAAACGCCGAUUGAUUUUCCAGAAAAUAACUUUGAGAAAAACGUAGAAAGCAUCAGAUUCUAAUGAAGAUGA